AUGGGAAGGCCUCCUUCUAAUGACGACAGUGGCCUCAAGAAAGGCCCUUGGACACCUGAAGAAGAUCAAAAGCUUGUCAAAUAUAUCCAAAAACAUGGACAUGGAAGCUGGAGAGCCCUUCCCAAACUUGCAGGGCUCAACAGAUGUGGGAAGAGCUGCAGAUUAAGAUGGACCAACUACUUAAGGCCUGACAUCAAGAGAGGGAAAUUUUCCCAAGAAGAAGAACAAACAAUUCUGAAUCUCCAUGCCGUUCUUGGCAACAAAUGGUCGGCAAUCGCAGGCCACCUGCCUGGUCGGACGGACAAUGAAAUCAAGAAUUUCUGGAACACCCAUUUGAAGAAAAAGCUUAUUCAGAUGGGUUUUGAUCCCAUGACUCACAGGCCUCGAACCGACAUCUUCUCAAGCUUGCCUCACCUUAUAGCCCUGGCUAAUUUGAAAGAGCUUAUGGAGCACCACUCAUGGGAAGAACAGGCUGUGAGGCUUCAAGCUGCAGAGGCUGCUCAAAUGGCUACGCUUCAAUACCUUCAAACUCUCCUCCACCCUCCUCUACCUUCUUCCACAAGCAACUUAAAUAGUACUACUUUCUCUCAUGACAUGUCUUCAGAGACUAGUACUAUUUAUAACCUUUUGAGCUCACUUUCUUCAAUGAAAGAUCAAGACUUUGGUCUUGGAACUUCCACCCUUCAACCAAUACUCCAUGAUGAUUCAAUUCCUUUCCUUCAUUUGCCUGACUUGCAAUCACCAUUAAAGAAUGAUAAUAAUAUUAUUGUUCAAGCUCCACCUCAUGAGUUGACAGGGUUUAACCAAGGGGAAUUAAGCUCUCCCAAUAAUUCUCAAUGGCUUGCUUCAUCUUCAAGCACUCCAUCUCCUUCUGUGGCUCCACCCAUGAGCAAUUUAGGCGAUGCAUGCAGUACUUCAAGCUAUGGAGGAGUGGCUCCUUUCGCUUGGCCUGAGCUUCUCCUUGAGUACCCUUUGUUUGAUAAUGAGAUUUCUUAGUUUUAGAUGUGUGUGAAACGUUUAAUUUGCAGUUGCACCAACACUUUACUCUCUGUGUAU